AUGAAACUCAUCUUGGAUGAAGUAGCUUCUGCAAUGAUUCAGCAAUACCGAAUAAAUUUCACAAGGCAAGAUGUUGCUUCACUAUGGUUUCUAUGCAAGCAGUAUGUUUCAUUUCUUAGGGAUUCUCAAGCUGUUGUUUAUUACAUUAAGCCUGGAAAUCUUACAGUUAAUGAUUGCAGUGAGGAUGAUAUAGGUUCUUGUGUUGGCGAAGUAGAAAGCAAGGACUUCAAAUGCAAUGAUUUAGAACAAGAAGAAGAUAUCGAGGACGGGAAUAAGAAGCCAAAGAUGAUUUACUUGUCAGCUAAUGCCAAUUUGAAUGACCAGGUUUCAGUUAGUGAUCGGGAAUUUAAAGCGACCCUUCCUGAAACAACAGAAAUGAUCAACUUGUUACUAACGCUUAUAAAUGAUGAUCAGAGUGAUGAGAUAAUGCCACUUCGAUCAAAUCCAUAUGCCCUUGAGGUGUUGGUGGUGGAGGUGAAGGUGCAGGUUUUAGAGGAGGAUUUGGAUCCAGUGGUGGUGCAGGACAAUUUUUGUGGUGGUUAUGACGUCAGGAUGUUAGUUCCUUAUUGUAGCAGAGGCGUUGCUGGUGGUGGCGGAGGUGGAGCUGUUGGCGGAGGUGUUGUUAGUGGUGGCGGUGGCGGUGAAGGUGUAUCGGUGGUGGUGCUGAUUAGAGAUGGUUGUGGUGGCGGCAAUUGUAGUGCUGGUUACGGUGAAGAUGGUGGUAGUGAUGGCGGCGGUGGUGUUGGUUAUGAUGGUGUCGGCGGAGGAAUAAGUCCGAACGAAUUAAUACGAGGGAUAAAAGUUUGGGGCGGAAAAGGAAAUGUAGAUGAGGAUUUUUAA